AUGUAUUAUCAUUUUUCAAUCUCGUUAACAAAAAGUCAUAGUGAAAUUGAAUCGUCUUCUACUCGAAUUAUGUAUGUAGUUCGAACAAGUUCAAAAUUUUAUCGAUCUCGUUUACAGCACGUACUGCAAACUUGGAUAUCAUUGGUUAGUCAACAUACUUAUUUUGUUACGGAUAAACUUCUACCAAGUGUAUCUCAUGAUCAUCUUAUUCUAACACAUGAAAUAUGCGGUCAAGAGAGACAUGCAAUGAAUACUUUAUGCUGUAAAACAGCACAUGAUUUUAAACUUUUUCAUCGUCAUCUUACAAACUAUGAUUGGUUUUGUCAUUUCGACGAUGAUCAAUAUGUGAAUAGUAGAAGACUAGAAGAAUAUUUAUCUACAUUAGAUUCUAAUAGACCUUAUUAUAUUGGACGUAAUUCAUGGGCGAAGACACUUGAUCGACGAAAACAGCCAUUUCCGUAUUCAUUUUGGUUUGCUACUUUAGGUGCCGGCGUCUGUUUAUCGAAACCAUUAGUUCAUCUUCUUCAACCUUACACUCAGAAUAUUGCGCAAUUCGUUGAUGGUUGUUUAAAAGAAAAUUAUCAUGACGAUAUCUAUUUGGGCUUCCUUAUAUUUGGUUAUCUCAACAUAACAUUAACAAAAAACUAUCGAUUUCAUUCUCAUUUAGAAAAAGAUUUUUAUAAUGACAAACAAAAAUUUCUUGAAAUAUUUAAUGAACAAAUAACAUUUGGCUUUCGUCUACCUAAUUACUGUCCAGUCUUUCUUCCAAAUCUGUAUGAUUCUCGAUCGGAUCGCUAUCGUCUGCGUUCAAUGCAUUGUCUACUGAAUCCUCAUAUCGAUGAAUGUCAAAUGAGAAUGCAUAAGCUUGUGCUUAAUGUGAUUAAAUCAUUUCGAUAA